AUAUAAAGGUAGAAUUCAAAGAAGAUACCGAUAAAAUGAAUAAAUCUAAUGAAAAAGCUUUGGACCGUAAUGAAGGGGCUGAUCAACCUGAAAGUCGUCCAAAUUUUGUUGACAAAAUUACAAGUACUGUAAAAAACAUAUCCAGAUAUUUUAAGGGUGAUAGAGAUCAGGCCUUUAUUUGGAGACUACGUGCAAUUCAACCUGAGAAUGAUCUUGAACCAGAUACGACCAAGGAUGAACCAGGAUUGAUGACUGCAAUACGUAUUACUAAAGAACAGAUUGAUAAGCGACUCCAGUGUGCUGUUUGCUUGGAUGAUUUUGUAAUUAAAGAGGAAGCGAUGAAAUUGAUGUGUGACCAUAUAUUUCACGAGGAAUGCAUUACUAACUGGAUUAUUGUGCACGGCACGUGCCCGGUCUGUCGCAGGUACUAUUGUCCCGGCGAACUGCACCUGCCCCAGGAACGAGUCACCCCUCCCGUCAACCCGACCGUUGUUCAACGUUUGUAUCGCACCAUCUGCUCGCCGUUGGCGUACUUCUUCCCGAGACUCGUCAGCGUCCCGGCCGCCGCAAACGCUAACAACGGGCGCCGGCCAAAUCGGCCGACCCCGAUGUACAGACUCGUGCGAUCGGAGCGUGUCCUCUCGGACGCGGAUCGCGAACGCAUCGAAAACGAGGCCCUCGAAACGAUGGACGACUACGUCUUUUGCCACGUCAUGUUCGUCAUGCAGAACUCGGAACGCCAACGGUAUCCCGGUACAGCGGUCACCGUCAUGGCCGAGCACAUGCGCAAUCGGUUCGGCCAGUUGCACCGUUUGCCCGGACCCGUGGACGUCGAUCCCGCCGGCGUAAACCCGCCGCCGCCGCAGCCUCCGCGACCGGCUGCCGUAAGACAGGGAUUCGAAAUGCCGACUGACGUCACCACGACCGAGUACCUGGGCCAUUACUAGGCCGCGGACGACCAUCACGAUCGUAACAAUGUAGCGUGUUAGUACUCGCCCGACGACGGCAGAGCGUAGCGAAUAAGUAGUAUAAUAUAUUAUAUAGUAAAGGAAUAUUAUAUUGUUAUAUAUAGAUAACGGUAUUUAAUCCUUAUGUAGUAGUCGACGUACCGUUUAUACGCGCGUAGUGAUGCGUUAGCUAGUAAUAUUAUAUUAGUAUAUUAUAUAGUAUAAUAUGUAUUCGAUACAUAAUAUUAGGUUAGCGAUGACACAGCUAGUGGGGUCAUCUUUAGUAUAAUAAUAAUAUUAUAUAUGAAAAAAAAAAAAAAAACAAUAAAAAGUAAUAAUGUUA